AUGGCACCGAAGGAGCUUAUAGAGCUUAAAGCUCAACUUCAAGAGCUUCUGGAUCAUGGUUUCAUCUGCCCUAGUGCGUCUCCUUGGUGGGCACUGGUUCUAUUUGUAAAGAAAAAGGAUGCUCCUCUGACUAAGCUUCUGCAUAAGGGAGUUCCUUUUGCCUGGACUAAAGCACAACAAUCGAGCUUCGAGAAGCUCAAUUUUGUUCUAACUCAGGCUCCUGUUUUGAUACAGCCUGAAUCUGGUAAGGAGUUUGUAGUGUACAGUGAGGCAUCGCACGUCGGUUUGGGAUGUCUACUCAAAGAUUAUGACUGUACGAUAGAGUAUCAUUCUGGUAAGGCCAAUGUGGUGGUCGAUGCUCUCAGUCGUAGAGCGAGGACUAAUUUGAGAGUUUUGUUCACCCAUAUUAGUCUGUUUGAUGAUGGGGUUGAGAGUGGUAGUACUUCUGAUUUUGGACUGGGUAAGGAUGGAAUUCUGUGUUUCCGAGGUCGGGUUUGUGUACCGAAUGAUUCUGAUAUGAGACAGUCGAUUCCUAGAGAGGUGCAUAGUAGCCCUUAUGUUAUGCAUCCCGGUGGUAAUAAGAUGUAUCGAGAUCUCCGUGAACUAUACUGGUGGUUGGGUUUGAAACGUGAGGUAACAUAUUUUGUUGUUAACCAAUUACCUUCGGGUUUGCUACAACCUGUUAAGAUUCCAUUAAGGAAAUGGGAGCGAGUGACGAUGGACUUCAUUAGUGGGUUGCCCUUGACACCCACUAAGAAGGAUUCUUUCUGGAAGAAACUGCAUGAGGCUUUGGGUUCGAGAUUGGACUUCAGUACUGCUUGGGAGGAAUUUCUGCCGUUAGCUAAGUUUGCCUACAAUAUUAGUUUCCAAUCUAGCAUUCAGAUAGCACCUUACGAGGCUUUGUAUAGUCGUAAGUGUCGUACUCUACUAUGUUGGAUUGCGUUGGGUGAGCGUCGAAUUUUGGGUCCUGAGUUGGUUUUCGAGAUUGAACAUAAGGUUAGACUGAUUCGGGAUCGCCUGAAGGCAAUUCUUGAUAGACAGAAGUUCUAUACAGAUCUAAAAAGAAGAGAUAUCGAGUAUGUUAUGGGUGACUUCGUAUUCCUUAAGUUAGACCUACCUCUAGAGUUGGACCAUAUCCAUGAUGUGUUUCACGUCUCGAUGAUGAGGCAGAAUUGGUCUAAUCCAUCUCACAUUGUCUCUGUUGAGGAGAUCGAGGUUAGACCAGAUUUGACUUUUAAGGAGAAGUCGGUUCAGAGUUCAAAUCGAGAUACUAAGGUUCUGAGGAGGAAGUCCAUACCGUUAGUGCAGGUUCUGUGGCAAAAUCAUGGCACUAAGGAAGCCACAUGA